CGAGUAUGCCGCUUCAUACCAGGGUAGUUCUUGCUUCAACAGUGUUUGAACGGAACUUCUUGUCUUCGUCCCGCUUUACAUUUCAGCUACGCUGCACUUCGGAAGCAAAAAUCCUUUUCUACUUGAACACUACAGAUAAAUUCGACGUAAAGCUUUAUUUUUGUACCGUUUUUUUUGCUAAUAAAAAGCUCAAGAAACGCCAGCCGAAAUGGAGUCCCAAGUGCGUCAGAACUACCACCGCGACUGCGAGGCCGCCAUCAACCGGAUGGUGAACAUGGAGCUGUUUGCCUCUUACACCUACACUUCUAUGGCCUUCUACUUUGACCGUGAUGAUGUGGCCCUGCCAGGCUUCUCCCACUUCUUCAAGGAGAACAGCCAUGAGGAGAGGGAGCACGCUGACAAGCUGCUGUCCUUCCAGAACAAGAGAGGAGGUCGCAUCUUACUCCAGGACAUCAAGAAACCAGAGCGUGACGAGUGGGGCAGCGGGCUGGAGGCCAUGCAGUGUGCUCUGCAGCUGGAGAAGAAUGUCAACCAGGCUCUGCUGGACCUGCACAAGCUGGCUUCUCAGCAUGAUGACCCUCAUCUGUGUGACUUCCUGGAGAGCCACUACCUGGAUGAGCAGGUGAAGUCCAUCAAGAAGCUGGGUGACCACAUCACUAACCUCACCCGCAUGGAUGCCCACACAAACAAGAUGGCAGAGUACCUGUUUGACAAGCACACUCUGGGUGACAAGAGCUAAAUGCUGAGACCUAGAAGUGAGCCUGGAGUCAACAUGUUAACAACACAGGCUUUGAAGUAAACUCACUUCUGCUCCAGCUGUUUCACUGAGAAUGAUUUCUGUCCUGAUUUCCUGACUUUAAAGCCGGCAUCAGUUCUUGUAUGUUGUGGUGUUUUUGUGUGAAAUGUCACACAGAGAGAUGGAUGUUAUCAGGGUAUGGCUCUACUUCUAAGCUGUCUGACAUUUGGAGAUGUUUCUGAUCUGUUAAUCUGAAUAAACAUUUUGAGCUGGA